AGGAGCGCAGACAAAAGAAGUUAAAGAGCCGCUUAAUAUAUACAUGUUUUUGAAGGCGGGUAGAGGGAAAAAAAUAACAACAGCGAGCGUAGAUGGGCUUGGCUGUGUCGUUAUGGAGCCCCCUUUGAGCAAGAGGAACCCGACACUGAGAUUAGCGGAUUUGGCAGCGGCUCAGCCCCAUCCUCACCAGAACAUGACAGGCUUCCCGGGGCUGGGGAACCACCACGUCCACCCCCACCACGCGGCCCACCUCCACCCCGGGGACGCCGGCGGCGACCCCGGCGGUGCCCUUACGCCGCUCGGACCCGAGCACAUGGCACAGCCCUCCGCCCUCAAGCUCACGCCCGAGGCGCUCACCGCCGCCGCCGCCGCCUUCGCCGCGCCCGCGCCACCACCACUGCCGCCGCCACUGCCGCCGCUGCCGCCACCACCGCCGCCGCCGCUGCCGCCUGCGCCACCAGCCGCCGUCCUCCCGGGCUACCCGUCGGGUGGGGGGGCGGCAGGUAGGGAUUUCCUCCUGCGGCGGGAGCUGCCCGCCGCCGCCGCCGUGCACGGGGCGCUGAGCGAGCAGCACCCGCCCGCCAGCUCCCCUCAUCUCCCGCACCCGCCGCCCCAUGGUGUCUUCAUCUCGGCCGCAGGCACCUACGGCGCGCCCGACGGCGCGCACUCCGCCUUUCCGCCGCCGGGUGAACAAGGUGCUCCUGCCGGCCGCCACCCGCCGCUGAACGGACAGAUGCGCCUGGGGCUGGCGGCCGCCUCCGGGGAGUUCUACGGACGCGCCGAGGCGCACUACGGAGCCGCCGCCGCCUCCUCCUCGGCGCUGCAGGGCUACGGCUCCGUCAACCUCAACCUGGCAGCGGCGGCGGCAGCCGGCCACGGGCAUCCACAUCAUCCCCAUCCUCACCACCACCACCAUCACCAUCACCACCACCAUGCCCACGUCGGGGCGGGAGCAGCGGCGGCCGGGGCCUUUCUGCGGUACAUGAGGCAGCCCAUCAAGCAAGAGCUGAUCUGCAAGUGGAUUGACCGGGAGCCGCCUCCGCCGCCGCCGGGCAGCAGGAAGCCUUGCUCCAAAACUUUCAGCACGAUGCAGGAGCUGGUGAGCCAUGUCACGGUGGAGCACGUCGGCGGGCCCGAGCAGAGCAGCCACGUGUGUUACUGGGAGGAGUGUCCCCGGGAAGGCAAGCCCUUCAAAGCGAAAUACAAACUCAUCAACCACAUCCGAGUGCACACGGGAGAGAAGCCCUUCCCCUGCCCCUUUCCCGGCUGCGGGAAGGUCUUCGCCCGUUCCGAAAAUCUCAAGAUCCACAAGCGGACUCAUACAGGAGAGAAGCCCUUCAAAUGUGAGUUCGACGGCUGCGAGAGGAAGUUCGCCAACAGCAGCGACCGCAAGAAGCACUCCCAUGUCCACACUUCCGACAAGCCCUACUACUGCAAGAUCCGCGGUUGCGACAAGUCCUACACUCACCCCAGCUCCCUGCGGAAGCACAUGAAGAUCCACUGCAAGUCCCCGCCGCCCUCCCCACCUCCAGGCUCUCAAGGCUACGCGGCCGCAGGGCCCCCCGACGGCCCGCUGCCCCCCGAGGCCGACCCGGCCUCUGAGCCGUCCCGCGGCCGUGCCGCAGCCCUCUCCCCACCCGUCACUAACCUCAGCGAGUGGUACGUCUGCCAAGCCGGGGGUGCUCCCCGCCGGCCCCGUACGCCCGCCAGCCGCGACGCCUCCCCAGCCUCCGAGGAGGACGAGCCCAACAGGACCUCAGGGGUCAGAAACGCUUCCUAGGGAGCCGGGCCAAGCCGUGCAGCGCCAAGCCGAGCUGAGCCAUGUUGCCGGCGGCCCCGGCUCCACCGCGCUGGCACGGGGGCUGGUGUGGAAGUGCCGUCAGGUUUGACUCGCGCUAUUUAUUCCAUGUACAAAACCCUAUGGUGUUUGUACGGUAACUAAUUUAAUUGAAAAGACUCGGACUUUUUUUUUGUUGUUGUUUAUUGGUUACGAAAAAGCCUCAGUAACUCCAUGCUGGGGCUAUCCCAGCGACUCGAGCCACACACGCUUUGCAGGGGAACAGGGCUAAGGGAGAUGCUCGGCUCCCACCUUGCCCAAGCCGUGCUGCUCUUGACAAGCGAGCUAGGCGGUGGAAAGCUGCGAGCUGCCCUGCUCCGUCCCCUGGAGUGGUCCUUAAAUCCUUUAGCUGCCAGCCCGGAGCCUGUUCUUCAGCCGGGCUAGAGCCCUAGGUUUGCAGCGGCCUCCAGACUGCAAAGCGGCACCUGCUGGAGCUCCGUCUGGUCGAAGACAGAUUACACAUCCCUUAAAAUAAAAGGAAAUAAAUUGAUUUUCUUUCUCUUCCCCUCUUGCAGUUCACCUCCUUUGUAAUUGUUGAUUUCUUUCUCGAGUCUUGGAGUUCCACCUGCACCCAGCAUUUUCUCUCCAGCCCUCUUUCUUUCUCAUUUAGCCGUAACCACGUGAAAACGAUUUAGGGAAGGAAAGACAAAAGAUGCAGCACUGCCUUACUGCUCCACCACUGUCUGUACGCGUACGGCUCCUAAAACAUAGCUGGAGAAUAAAAGAAACCUGCUGCUAUUUGACAA